AUGGCCCUCGAGACAAAGGCCGUUUCCGUCGACUUGGAGAGCUCUGUGAGCGAGGCAUCCACCACCGACUCGCCCAUCAAAGCAUCAGAGAAGCUCCAGCGCAAGGGCUCCUUCCGCCGGGGCGGCGUGAUUCCCACCGCGAUCUGCCUGAGCAAGGCCGCCAUCGGCGCUGGGGUGCUCUCGGUGUCGGGGCACGCGGCGGAGGUGGGCGUCGUGUGGCAGGUGGCAUGCCUCCUGUUUGGUGGCCUUCUGACCGUGAUGAGCAUCCGGAUGAUCUCAGUGGCCUCCAUCGAGACGAAGAAGUGGGGCUUCGAGGAUGUGUCGGAGGAGCUCUUCCACCCGGUGAUGUCCCUUUUCACUGGCUUCAUGAAUGUCUGCAAUUGCUUGGGUGCCGCCGCAGGAUACCUCAUUGUCUGCGGACAGGUUUUUGUGGUGGUCUUCCAAGCCAACCGCUCCGCACGGGACCUCUUUGUCGUCUUGGUGGGGAUUUUUGUUUGUUGCCCAAUGGCUUUGGCUCGGCAUGUGGGUUUCAUGCGACACCUGGCUCUUUUGAGCAUUGUGGCCUUGAUCUUCGUGGUCGUCGUCGUGGCCUGGUACUGGGGUGAUCAGGGCACCGACGAGAGCGUCACGGUGGAGAACUUCCUCUUGGGUGCAGGUGGAGCCACACCUAUCAUCUACAUGAAUGCCAUCAACAACAUGAUCUUUGCAUUCUGCAACCAGUUCAACGUUCCGCAGCUCACGGGGGAGCUGACGCCGGAGCCCAGCCGGCAGGGCAUGACGAAGGUGGCUGUUUUGAGCACUUCUGCCAGCUUCUUCCUCUAUGCCUCGGUCUCCAUCGUGGGGGUGCUGGCCUUCGGAGUGGGAGGGAACCAAAAGGACUCCCUGAUCUUGGACUUGAUGCCUGUGCGCAAGGAGGUCCAUGUGCUGAUCUCCCUACUGGCGGUGAUGUUCAGCGUUCUCACCUGUUUCCAAUUCCACAUCUAUCCCAUCCGCCAGUUCCUGGCUUAUGUGGUGCGCAAGGCCCGUGGUCGCAGCUCCGACGACGAGGAGAAAGACGUGGUUUACUUUGGGCUGAGCUUGACACGCUGGUAUGACAUUGUAUGCGCCUUGGGCACGGUCUGCCUCGUGGUCCUGAUUGCGGUUGUCAUUACCAGCCUGCGGACCAUUAUGGACUUCAUCGGGGCUUUUGCGUCCGCAUACAUCAGCUUCAUUGUGCCCCCCUUGUGGAUCAUUGCGCUCCGACGAAAGGACCCGAAGAACUUCUCCUGGUUCAGCCGGGAGAUCCUCUUUAGUGUUUCCUUCUUGGCUUUGGGCCUCUUCCUCUUCGUCUUCGGCACCUACUCGGCCAUCCUGCCAAUCCUUGGGCACUGA